CUUUUAUUAGGUUUUCCAAAAUUAAAAAAAGAAAAAAAUAUUUAUAAAAAAAGGAAAAUAAAAAAGAAAAUCAGAUUCGAUCCUAUCGCAAAAACGCCACUCUCGAUCUUCACGCCCACAUUCAGUAAAUUCGAAAAAAAUUUAGCCUUUUUUUUUCUGUUCUUUUUUCCAAUUCCCUUUUUAGGUUUGAUUUUUAUUCAUCUCACAUUUAACUGAAAUUUUCCCUUUUUGAAUUUCAAGGGUUAGGGUUUGUCCGUACAAUCAAGUAAAAGGCGAGUCUUUGAUGUUAUACUCGUUGCUUUAUGCACUUUCUUUUUGCAGUGAUUGAAGGGAGACGAGAAAGUUGUUAAAAAAAGAAGCUGAUUGCUAGGAAGUUGUUAUUUUUUUGGGUUAAAGAAUUAAUUCUAUUAAAAAGGCGGCUGCCAAGUGUUUGCUUCGGAUAUGAAUCCGGCCCGGGAUGCAGACAGAGCAACCACCGCCGGCAUGGUGCUGUUUCCAAUUCAAUUUACAUGGCCACAUGGUGGGAGAAGUGUCUUCCUAUCUGGCUCUUUCAAUAGGUCGGGGCAGCUCGUGCCAAUGUCACAGGUUGAAGGUUGCCCCAAUGUGUUUCAAGCUGUAUGUGCGGUACCACAUGGUUGCCAUGAGUACAAGUUUCUUGUUGAUGGUGAAUGGCGACAUGACGAUCAGCAACCUCACAAGAAUGGUGAAUAUGGAAUAGUCAACACUUUUGACACUCUACCUAUACCUGCAGAGGCCCCCCAGGUACAACCUCGUACAGAGAUACUGAACAACAUGGAAGUGGACGAUGGUCUCAGGCAUCGAAUUUCUGCAGUUACAUUGAAUCAACCAAUGCCUAGGAUUUCAGAAGAGGAUGUACAUGCCUCCCGUCAUCAUAUCUCGGUAUUCUUGGCAGCACAUACUGCUUAUGAGUUACUACCUGAGUCAGGCAAGGUUGUUGCCUUGGAUGUUGAUUUGCCUGUAAAACAAGCAUUUCAUAUACUGUCUGAGCAGGGUAUCCCUAUGGCUCCUCUUUGGGACUUCUGCAAGGGGAAGUUUGUUGGAGUUCUUAGUGCUUUGGAUUUUAUAUUGAUUCUGAGAGAGCUUGGAAAUCAUGGAUCAAAUUUGACAGAGGAAGAGCUUGAAACGCACACUGUUUCUGCCUGGAAAGAGGGAAAGGCGUACAUGAAUGGACAAAUUGAUGGGCAUGGGAGACCAAGACGUCUCAUCCAUGUUGGGCCACAUUGUAAUUUGAAGGAUGUAGCUUUGAAAAUUUUGCAAAAUGGAGUAGCUCUAGUUCCUAUUAUCCAUUCAUCCUCAGAAGAUGGUUCUUUUCCCCAAUUGUUACAUCUUGCUUCUCUUUCUGGAAUACUAAAAUGCAUAUGCAGGUAUUUUAAACAUUGUUCUGGUUCUUUGCCCAUACUACAGUUACCAAUUUAUUCAAUCCCUUUGGGUACAUGGGUUCCAAGAAUUGGUGAAUCCAGCAGUAGACCAUUUGUGAUGCUGAGACAUACUGCUUCCCUUAGUUAUGCAUUAAAAAUGCUAGUUCAAGCUCAAGUAAGUUCAAUACCUAUAGUUGAUGAUAAUGACUCGCUACUGGACAUAUAUUGUCGGAGUGAUAUAACAGCUUUGGCAAAAGGCAGAGCUUAUACACAUAAUCUUGAUGAAAUGACUGUUUAUCAGGCAUUGCAGUUGGGACAAGAUUCUAACACUCCUUAUGAGACAAGAAGUCAAAGAUGUCAGAUGUGUUUGCGCACUGAUACAUUGCUUAAAGUGAUGGAACAAUUGGCAAACCCUGGUUCUUACUUGGUUAAUUCCAAGUAAUGCAGAUAACCUAUCUAGAAGGGGUUUUUGCAGUGGCUUUCGGACUCCCAUGUCUUGUGGGCACCAUUCCCUGCCCCAUUGUUCAAAGGAACUGCAUUACUUCACGAAUCUCGUUCAACCAUUCUAUUACCCUCUUGCUUUGUAGCCUGCUUUUUAGGAUUUUAGGCCAAAGAGGCAUGUAAUUUAGGAGCAUUUCAUUCUCUACCAAAUUUGUUAGUCUCCCCCUUGCACGUGUCAUUCUCAUUAUUAAACCAACCCAAUUGUAUCACCAAUGUAGAUGCCAUUAUCUGUGGGGAGCAUAUGACCUGUAAUAGCUUAUUGUUGCUUCAAAGUUAUAAGAGAUGGGGUGGGUUAUCACUGAAUGAUUAUUCUUUACCAUGCUUCCUUUAUUUAGCUGUUUUCGGCCUCAGUGUCUGAUUGUCCGGUUCUUGAUAAUGCUCUUGGCCUCUGUUUAGGCAAAAGCCAAUACAUUUUACUUGGAUCCUUUUGACAUAAAAUGUAUGAAAACCUGUAUUGAAACUGUAAAGAUCUGGCAGAGAAUUGUAAUAUUGGGUUCUGUUUCUGUAUCCAAACUUCAAUACUAUAACUGAAAAUAGAAAAUUUUGAAAGGUAAAUUUGAGAAUUAUGUUGGCGUGCACAUGUUGGAU